GCAGGUGACAGGGCCGAAAUUGACGACCUCGCGCGGUAUCAGCUGGAAACACCCGCGAAAAGGGUGCCCGUGCGGCCGUGCCACUGCCUCGGCGUGAAAUCUCGUCAGGUAAACUGGCUGUCUGUCCUCCCCAACAACACCAGCAGCCGAGAGCCCGAGACCGAGAGAGAGAGGAAGAGAGAGGGAGGGAGCUAAGUAAGAAGCCCUAGCUAGCAGACGGCUCAGGCGUCGGCGAUGAGAUCCGGCGCCGCUGCCGAGGUGAUCGAUCUCUGCAGCGACGACGACGAGGAGUCCGUCCCUGUUGCAAGCACCAGCGCCCUCGCCUGUCGCAGCGCCCCCUUCUCCGCCCACGAUGUCAGCCCGUGCGAGCUCCCCGAUGUGAAGCCCCUGCUCUACCCGCUCCACCCCCCGGGCUGCGGCGCGCUCGUGCCCGUCAAGGACGAGGAGCCCGUGCCCGUGCCCGUGCCGCUCGCCGCCGAGCCCUCCGAGCCUACCAGGGCCCUCCUCCCGCCGCCGCGUCUCUGCCGCCAGUUCUGGAAGUCCGGCGAGUAUACCGUCGCUCGCCGCAACCCGGAUGCUGACGCCCCUGGUGGGCGAAAUCGGCUGCGGAUCAAUCCAAAGUUCCUGCACUCAAAUGCUACUUCCCACAAGUGGGCCUUUGGGGCCAUUGCUGAGCUCCUUGAUAAUGCAAUUGAUGAGGUAAACAAUGGUGCAACAUUUGUUCGUGUCAAUAAGUUUACAAACCCACGGGAUGGUAGCCCCUCAUUGUUGAUUCAAGAUGAUGGAGGGGGGAUGGAUCCAGAGGCGCUGAGAUGUUGCAUGAGCUUUGGAUUUUCAGAUAAGCAGUCUGAUGCUUUCAUCGGGCAAUAUGGCAAUGGUUUCAAAACCAGCACAAUGAGGCUUGGAGCGGAUGUGAUUGUUCUUACACAGAACCAAAAAAACUGGACGCCUACAAGAAGUAUUGGUCUUCUUUCUUACACAUUUCUGAUGGAAACAGGCUGCGAUGAUGUGUUGGUGCCAACAGUAGACUACCAAUAUGAUCUUACUACUGCUUCUUAUACUCAGCUGUUGCGCCAUAAUCAGAAACUCUUCUCUUCUAAUUUGGCAAUCCUUUUGAAAUGGUCCCCUUUUGCUACUGAAGCUGAGUUGAUUAAACAAUUUGAUGAUAUCGGAGAUCAUGGAACAAAAAUAAUUGUAUUCAACCUCUGGUUCAACGAUGAUGGGGACAUGGAGCUUGAUUUCAACUCCGAUAAGAAGGAUGUCCUAAUUACUGGGGCUCAGAAGAAAGUGAAAGCCAGUAAACGAGAGAAGGCUGAGAUGCAGAAUUACGUUGCAAAUCGACUUCGUUAUUCACUUAGAGCAUAUGCAUCCAUCUUGUAUCUUCGUGUACCUGAUAAUUUCAGAAUAAUCCUGCGUGGACGCGAUGUGGAUUCACAUAAUGUAGUUAAUGAUUUGAUGUAUCGUGAGUGUGUGUUGUAUAAACCACAAAUUGCUGGACUCACAGAGCUAUCUAUAAUCACCACCAUUGGAUUUGUCAAAGGUGCCCCAGACACUGAUGUUCAAGGGUUUAACGUUUAUCACAAGAACCGUUUAAUAACGCCUUUCUGGAAAGUUGCCAACAACUCAUAUGGCAAAGGGCGAGGAGUUGUGGGCAUUCUGGAAGCAAAUUUCAUAAAACCUACCCACGACAAGCAGGACUUUGAGAAGUCAGUGCUCUAUCAAAGGCUUGAGACCCGUCUGAAGGAAAUGACUUACGAAUACUGGGGCCUGCAUUGCCAUCGCCUUGGUUAUGACAAUAAGUCAUUGCCUAAAGCAUCCCGUGCACUUAGUCGUGCCAAGCGGACAGAUGCUGGUAAUUACCUGACAAGUGCCCCAGAGCAGUUACUGAGCGCUGAUGUUUCAACAAGCAGCUCUGCACAAAGCAACAUAGGACUGAAGAGAAAUUUUGAUGCCCUCGGAGCCAUUACAGACAUAAAUAAUGACCAGAUAAAGCAUCGGGAAGUUAUUCAACGGAGACGGUUUAAUGAACACAAGACAUUGAAACUAGAGAAUGACAGAUUGCGUCAUGAAUGCUUACAAUAUGAGGAAUCAGAGAAACAGCUUGCCAUGAAGCAAGUCCACUUGUAUUGAAGCUACAGGCUACUUGCAAGCCCCUGAACAAAAGCUCCGACAUCAAAUUGCUGAGGAAAGAAAGAAGUAUGAGGAAUUACUAGAAGAGCUGAAGUCAUUAGAUGUGAAGUUAGAGAUAUAGAGAAACUGUUAUUCUUUGCAUUUCACCAUGAUACUAAGAUUGCUUCUUGAACUGAAUGUAUUUGGAGGGCAAGCUGAUUCUGUCUACCCUUCGCUGAGUAGACAUGUACAAUUUUGACACAGGAAUCUUUGUAGGGUCCCCUGUGAUGAAAUGCAGGCAUGUAUUAAUGUUGUAAAAGUAUGUGUAUUAUGUAACUUUAUUGUACAGCAGAGGUUUCAUGAAAUGACUUACAACGGUAUCUUGUGUCAA